AUGGCGGAAGUAUCUGUGGCAAUCGUACGUCUUAAAAUAAGUGCGUUGUCCGAUAAAGCUAUUCCAUCAGCUCAGGAUUUUGAAAUUUGUGUCAAAGAAGAGCCAUCUACAGCAAAAAAUUUUGGACCAGUAAAACAUGAUUAUAAUAUAAAAAAGAGAGUUACCGUCGGCGGACAUACAAUUGGAGCCGAUGUUUUCAAGCUCCCAAAUUUCUCUUUUGAACCAUCGAAAGUGAGCACAUUAGAAGAUAUGAUUCAUGAUUAUUUUAAGAGAACUGGAAACAUAAUUCGCCGAUCUGUACGUAUUCCAUUACACGAUGAUCUGCAUCAACCAUCAUCUUCAACAAAACCAUUUGUUGGACAUGUUCCUGGACUUUCACUUGUAUGUGUUCCAGUAUUUAAUAAGGAAUCAGUUGAAGUCGCAAAUUCUCGUUAUGAAAAUCUACAAAAAAUGGUGAAUCUGUGUCACAAUCAGCCAGAAAUGUUUGAUAUUCAUACAAAAAAUAUGAUUCUGAUAUUGGAACGAUGGUUGAUUGACUCACAAACUUUCGAUUCUUACUUCUUAUCACAUUUCUUUAUGAAAGAAUCUUCGAGAACAAGAAUCAAGACAUGUGUGCAUAAUCCAGCUUUUAUUGAUCUUCAGGAACAAUGUAUUAGACACAUGUCUCAUAGUGUCCGUAGCAAUGUAUCAUCGGCAUCCGCUGAUUUAGAUGAUCGUGUCCACGUGGCAAAUAUUGCCAAAAUUGCCAUGUUACGGUACAACAAGUUCACGAUAAGUGUAAUAAAUCCUGCAUUCAAUCCAAAUUUCGCUAGUGAAGAUUCGUCAUGUGUAUAUUUCUAUCCCGGAAUUAAACAAUGUAGGGCACAAAGAGCUGCAUCAAGUACAUCACAAGAUAUGAGAAGUCGACUAUAUCCGUUGCAUAAAGCUGCAGAAGAUGGAAAUGCUGAGGAGAUACGGAGGUUCCUGAAAAUUGGUAUGGACAGUAAUCUACGAGACGAUGACAGUUGGACCCCAUUACAUUAUGCCUGUUUUCAUGGACACUUGGAAGUUGUUCACGAACUAUUGAAUUCGCCACAAAUGACUGCCAUAAAUGCUCAAAACAAAGGAGGAGCAACAGCUUUACAGUAUGCAGUUAUAAAUGGAAAUGAAUACUUGGUUGAAAUUCUGACAUCUCAUGCUUCAAUUGAUGUUAAUAUUCAAAAUAAUGAAGGCUACCGACCUAUUGAUUAUUGUGGAAAUCAUCCGGCAAUUCAAAAGAUUCUCGAAUUGCAAAUCUUCAAAUCUAAAAUCAAUGUGGAUACAUCUAUUGGAUCAUUCAGUAUAAAAUCUCGAUCUCCAGAAGAGGCAACGGUAGGAGAAGUAUUGGAUAGAUUGGCAGAAGAAACACAACUGAAUAGAGAACAAAUGAACUGUUUUGCCCUUUUUGUGUAUUCAGAGUCAAUGUCACUUCAACUUCAACCAGACUCCCUAAUAGAUGGCAAAUUAAAAGUUGAUAAGUGGAAUACUACAAUACGGAAGCUCGUUGGAGAUAUUCCAUUUGAAACACCAAGGCUUAAGCUAAAAAGAAAUGCCUAUGCUACUGCAAGAAUGGAAAUUGUUACGAAAGUGGACAAUAACAGUUUUGCGUGGUCCACAAUUCUCGAUGAAGCAAUUCAUUCAUAUCUGGCUGGCCAUUUAAUUGCAAAUUCAAAAGAAGAAAUCACAAAAUUUGCAGCGAUUGUUUGCAGAACAAUGCAUGGCAGAGAUUUCAAGCCUUCAUCAAAAAACUUAUCGAAUUUAUAUCCACAGUACAUGCUUGACAAUCAUGACAGAGGGAAAUUGGCGGAUAGGCUUAAAGCACAGCUUAGAAAAAAUGAGACGCAGAACGAUAUGCAGCUUGAAGCAGAGUUUAUUUCAAUGGCUCGAGGUCUUGUCACCUACGGUGCCUCGUUUUUCGAUGUGGACGUUUUCACGAAAAAGGUGAGAAAAUAGGAUUGACUGAAUGAACAAACGGAAACACAAGGGUUGUCCUUGAAAGCGAGAAGCAUUCAAUUCUUCAAAUGACCCCUAGCAGCAGCAAAUCAUGGGAAAUUCGGAAAUUCGAACGAUUAUUAUAGGGUGUGGAUUGUCAAAACACUGUAUUUCAUAUUUCAUUAUGUCAUGAGGGCAAUUUUUGUGAUUUCGUGUUUUAGACUAAACUCCUCUAUGUAGGUAAAGUUCAAAUGAUGUUUUUAGCUGGAGUAGAGCAAUUUGGGAUUUUGUUUGAAUAUAGUCAAUCUCCAGAAAAUCUCAAAACGAAACAUUGAAAAGAUGCUUAAGGGUUUUUUAAAUUUUCAGGCAACAUUCUGAUAAAUUGUCAAAGUUGUCUGACUGUAAAUAAAA